GUUAUUUAGAGAGAUAGAUUGUAACUGAUUAAAGCUACUAAAACGAAAGCUGCGAGUGUACCAUGAGGAGGUGGACAAUCCCUUCCCUUUUGAUUCUAUUUUUCUUUAUCGCUCUCAUCCCAGAUCAAGGCCAAAAGUUCCAGGCGAAAGCAGAAGAUGAAUCUGAUAAACUAGCGGAUCCUCCAAAGGUGGAGGAAAAGCUAGGUGCUGUACCGAACGGUUUGUCGACAGAUUCUGAUGUAGUGAAGAGGGAAGCGGAGUCGAUCUCGAAGAGGUCGCUUCGUAAUAAUGCGGAGAAAUUUGAGUUCCAGGCUGAGGUGUCUCGCCUCAUGGACAUUCUUAUCAAUUCUCUAUACAGCAACAAAGAUAUUUUCCUUAGAGAGUUGAUCUCCAAUGCUUCUGAUGCGCUGGACAAGAUUAGAUUCCUCUCCCUAACAGACAAAGAGGUUUUGGGUGAAGGAGACAACACUAAGCUUGAGAUCCAGAUUAAGUUAGACAAAGAGAAGAAAAUUCUCUCAAUUCGUGACAGAGGUAUUGGUAUGACCAAGGAGGAUUUAAUCAAGAACUUGGGAACCAUAGCGAAAUCUGGAACUUCAGCAUUUGUGGAGAAAGUGCAGUCUAGUGGAGACCUCAAUCUUAUUGGGCAGUUUGGUGUUGGCUUUUACUCUGUGUAUCUUGUUGCUGACUAUGUUGAAGUUAUUAGCAAACAUAAUGAUGACAAACAGUACGUAUGGGAAUCAAAGGCUGAUGGGGCAUUUGCAAUUUCUGAGGAUACUUGGAAUGAGCCAAUUGGACGCGGAACUGAGAUUAGAUUACACCUUAGAGAGGAAGCUGGGGAGUACUUGGAGGAGUCCAAGUUGAAGGAUUUGGUGAAGAAAUAUUCUGAAUUUAUCAACUUCCCCAUCUAUAUUUGGGCUAGCAAAGAGGUGGAUGUGGAGGUUCCCUCAGAUGAAGACGAGGAAGAGGAAAAAACUGAAACUAGCUCUUCAGAGGAAGAAGAGACUGAAAAAAGUGAAGAUGAAGAUGAAGAUGAAAAUUCUGAGAAAAAGCCAAAGACAAAGACCGUAAAGGAAACCACUUAUGAGUGGGAGCUCCUGAAUGAUGUUAAGGCUAUAUGGCUGCGAAAUCCAAAGGAAGUGACAGAGGAAGAAUACACCAAAUUCUAUCAAACGUUAGCCAAGGAUUUUAGUGAUGAGAAACCUUUAGCAUGGAGUCACUUUACUGCUGAAGGUGAUGUAGAGUUUAAGGCUGUUUUGUUUGUGCCUCCAAAGGCACCUCAAGAUCUGUAUGAGAGUUAUUACAACACCAACAAAUCCAACUUGAAGUUGUAUGUUAGACGAGUCUUCAUCUCAGAUGAAUUUGAUGAGCUUUUACCCAAAUAUCUGAGCUUUUUGAAGGGACUCGUUGAUUCUGAUACACUGCCACUUAAUGUAUCACGAGAAAUGCUUCAACAACACAACAGUUUGAAAACAAUCAAGAAGAAACUCAUUCGCAAGGCCCUUGAUAUGAUCCGUAAAAUCGCUGAGGAGGAUCCUGAUGAGUCCACUGACAAAGACAAGAAGGAUGUUGAAAAAUCCAGUGAUGAUGAUGAGAAGAAGGGUCAAUAUACAAAAUUCUGGAAUGAGUUUGGCAAAUCCAUCAAACUUGGUAUCAUUGAGGACGCAGCUAAUAGGAAUCGACUGGCCAAACUCCUCAGAUUUGAGAGCACAAAGUCGGAUGGCAAGUUGACUUCACUGGACCAAUACAUUUCAAGAAUGAAAUCCGGGCAGAAGGAUAUCUUUUACAUAACGGGCACCAACAAGGAACAGUUGGAAAAAUCUCCAUUCCUUGAGGGGCUUAAGAAGAAGAAUUAUGAGGUUAUUUUCUUCACAGAUCCAGUUGAUGAAUACCUGAUGCAAUACCUAAUGGAUUACGAAGACAAAAAAUUCCAGAAUGUAUCCAAAGAGGGUCUUAAACUUGGGAAAGACUCCAAGGAUAAGGAACUUAAGGAGUCAUUCAAGGAACUCACCAAGUGGUGGAAGGGUACUCUUGCCAGCGAGAAUGUUGAUGAUGUGAAGAUAAGCAACCGUUUGGCUGACACACCCUGUGUGGUUGUGACAUCAAAGUAUGGAUGGAGUGCAAAUAUGGAGAGGAUUAUGCAGUCUCAGACUCUAUCUGAUGCUAGCAAGCAAGCAUAUAUGCGGGGCAAGAGGGUGCUUGAGAUCAAUCCAAGGCACCCAAUUAUCAAAGAGCUUCGGGAGAGAGUUGUGAAGAGCGCUGAGGAUGAGAGUGUGAAACAAACAGCUCAUCUCAUCUACCAGACGGCACUCAUGGAGAGUGGCUUCUUGCUCAGUGAUCCGAAAGAUUUUGCCUCCCGAAUUUACAGCUCAGUGAAGUCUAGCCUUAACAUUAGUCCUGAAGCGGGAGUUGAGGAGGAAGAUGAUGUUGAGGAGGUGGAGAUUGAGACAGAGACAAAAGAAGAUUCAACUAGUUCCAACAGCCAAGGCGAAGGUGCUAAAGAUGAUGUGGAUACAGAGCCUUCAGCUGUCAAGGAUGAGUUGUAGAUUGCCUGAAGCAUGGGCAACAUUCCAGUUUCUUUAGAGAACCCAAAAGCACUGCAACAUGCAUUUUAAGUUUUCUAAACUUUGGUUAAAUUAAACUCGAGAUCGUAGAUUAAAUAUGUAAACAUAAACAGCAGGAAUUUUGUUUUUUUAACGUCUUAUUAAUGAUGAGUUGCGU